GUUUUGAGGGGACUCGGAGCCGAGAUCGUCCACACGUCCAGCGCUCGCUUCGACUCCCCUGAGUCUCACUUCGGCGUCGCGUCACGCCUUAAAAACGAGAUCCCCAACUCCCACAUCCUGGACCAGUACCGUAACCCGAGCAACCCACUGGCCCACUACGACACCACAGCGGAGGAGAUCCUGGAGCAGUGUGACGGUAAACUGGACAUGCUGGUGGCGGGAGCAGGGGCGGGGGGGACGAUCACAGGCGUCGCCCGCAAGCUGAAGGAAAGGUGCCCCAACAUCAAAAUAGUCGCUGUUGACCCAAAAGGCUCCAUCCUGGCGGAGCCAGAGGAGCUUAACAAGACGGAUAAGACCCAGUACGAGGUGGAGGGCAUCGGGAAUGACUUCAUCCCCACCGUGCUCGACCGGUCGGUCAUGGAUAGCUGGUACAAGUCGGAUGACGAGGAGUCCUUCAACAUGUCUCGCAUGCUGAUGCGAGAGGAGGGCCUGCUGUGCGGUGGCAGCUCCGGGACGGCCAUGGCAGCUGCAGUACACGCCGCCAAGGAGCUCAAGGAGGGCCAGCGCUGUGUGGUCAUCCUGCCGGACUCCAUCCGCAACUACAUGUCCAAGUUCCUGAGUGACAAGUGGAUGGUCCAGAAGGGCUUCCUGAGUGAGGAGGACCUCAUGGUGAAGAAACCAUGGUGGUGGAACCUGAAGCUGAAGGCUUUGAACCUCUCUGCUCCCCUCACCGUGCUGCCUACCGUCAAUUGUCAGAGGACCAUCAAAAUCCUGAAGGAGAAGGGCUUCGACCAGGCUCCUGUGGUGGAUGAGGCUGGGUUGAUCCUGGGCAUGGUGACUUUAGGGAACAUGUUGGCCUGUAUUCUAGCUGGGAAGAUCAAGGUGUCCGACCCCGUCAGCAAAGUGCUCUACAAGCAGUUCAAACAGAUUCGUCUCACUGAUCAUUUGGGAAAGUUAUCUCGCAUUCUGGAGACGGACCACUUUGCGCUGGUGGUACAUGAACAGAUCCAAUACUUGACGGACGGGUCUCCGUGUCUGAAGCAGAUGGUUUUCGGGGUGGUGACGGCAGUCGACCUGCUCAACUUUGUGACAGGGCGGGAAAGGAGGGAGCGAUCCAUGUCGUAGUCCACGGACGAGCUGAACUAAACUGAUCCAAAUAACAUUUCUCUCACUUACAUAACACAAUAACAACUUUGGUUAGAUGUGUCUCAAACAUGGCGCGUCAUAUUUUGAGGGUUUUUGAUUGAGGUUGCUUAUUUAGAAAAAUAAAAUUCCAUUUGAUAUUUUUGCGGGUUUACUUACAAUAUUACUUAUUGUAGGUUGUUGUGGCGUUCACAGCAAAACUUUGUUACUUGUAGAAGUUUUCUGUCUAAAAUCUAAAAUGGAGGCAUCUGUGUUGCUGAUUUAAUUGUCUGAAUAAUACAAGAUUGUAUUUGCUUUGGCCCUUUGUUUCAAUCAAACAUCAGAUAUAGGAAAGGUUAGUACAAAAUCUAUUUUCAUUUGAUUCAUAAAGAAUAGACAGUAGAUUGCUGUUGUACAUGCACACAUUAUAUUUCCAGUGCUGCUCAUGUCCUCUGGAAAUAUAAUGUGUGCUGCUCCCAUCCACGCAGAGCUCCCCCCCGUCACUGACUUCAGGGAAGCGUGCUGCCGCCAGUAUGAGUUGGGGUGAGUCACACCCGGUCAGUGUUGUGGGAGAAUUUGGUGAACUACAAAUUGUGAGUGUCACACUGUGGGUGUUAAGGGGCUCCAGAAGAAGGCAGCAGAGACAACUCAGUGCGGGUCGAAUAUAUUUUAAUUAUUAUUUUCAGGUCCGGCACUCACUCGCCGCCUCACUGGGUCAUAUAUGGGGACACAAAUAGUCGUUAUUUCCCCAGCUGAGGCUCAUUGCCUCCACCUGGCCCCGUUCCCAGAGCCACUCCCCCUCUCUCCCCCCCCCCUGCAGCCGAGCCGAAACCACGCCCGCCACCACAGUGAGUCUCUCAGCAAUUCUAUGUGUGACCUUUCUUGAGAAACCUGUGACCUGUGCGAGUUCACGAUGGCAUCCUGUCUAAACGGAGGGACCCACACAUGCCUUAACUGAUCCGUAGCCUGUUUUGUUAUCUGUCGUGGAUUAGUGAUUGAUUGGCCGCCAUUAAGGGAGGGUCAGCUUUACGACAUCUGGGUUUUUCCUUACGUUCCAUUGUACCGGGGGUUUCUGCGGAGACAGCACAGGUCCCUCUUCAAGGUGUGAAUUUUACUCAUUUGACUUCUGUGUCUCUUUAUCAUUUUUCUAUAUUGUAGUUAGUAAUAAAUACUUAAUCAUAAAGCGAGUUCAAGAUACUUUUGAUUCCUCGCAAGGCUUCAAUUUCCCCCACAGUCAGCAUUGGCAUGUCCUCUAAUGUAGAAAAUUCCAUUUUAAUAUGAAGGAUUUCCUGGGAAUAAUGUACUGUCCAAUCAUAAUAGUAGUCCUGUUCCAAUAUUUCUGUAAUUGUAAAAAAGAAGAUGACACCUUACAGUCUGCAAAUACAAACUGACUUUGAAUGACUGAGAAUCUUUGUGUAGAAUAGUUGGAUUUUGUGGCGUUAGUUUAUCUAACCUUGCUGGGAUGAUCUAGAAAAGGCUUCAGUUGAUCACUGAAAACACGACCACUGCACUGUGAUAAUUAUUACCUUUUACAUUGAGGGGGGGGGGGGGGGGCGGCGUUGAUAAAGAUAAAAUGUUCUACUUGGUGGACUUUUUCUCAUGUCAAUACAAGUCAAGAAAGUUUGAACCUACCCUGUUUUCUCGAGGGGACUUCUGCAACUUAUGCACCCCAAACCCAUCUCGCUGGAACUUCGAAGUUUGAGGGAGCGAGAGCGCUCUGGAAGGUUCUGAAUGAAUUCACCACCGACCCACACAAUGUCCUACGAAACCCUCCCGACCCCAGCAGUGUUAACAAACAUUUCCUUUGUUGUUAAAUCGUUGACAGUGUUUUUCUUUUAUUCCCUUUGUUUAAGACGAGCUUGUGUCGCUUUCUCAAUAAAACAGUUUUGUAAUUCUGCACUGGCGCCGCUUGUUUA